AUUGAUUGCCUCCCAUGCUCCAGGCAAAUGCAGAAUCCACAAGAUCUCUCGCUCCCGUCCAGCUUCCCAAACUCACUAUGGUGACGAUAAACAAACCCGAACCCAGCGGAAUCAUACCAGAAAUCAUCCUCCAGUGAUGUAGUGCUAAAAGCGAAUAAUGUGGUGCUUACCGGUAGCUUUUUUCUUAUCGUUUUUGGUGAAUUUUAGUCGCACGAACCCCGACGCGAAAAGACUCUACGACGACCUCCUGAGCAACUACAACCGACUUAUUAGACCCGUCAGCAAUAACACCGAUACGGUUUUAGUAAAACUAGGGCUGCGACUGUCCCAGCUCAUCGAACUGAACUUGAAGGAUCAGAUUUUGACCACGAACGUGUGGUUGGAACAUGAAUGGCAGGACCAUAAAUUCGUGUGGGAUCCGGACGAGUACGGCGGGGUUACGGAAUUGUACGUCCCUUCGGAGCAUAUAUGGCUGCCGGAUAUCGUGCUGUAUAACAAUGCCGAUGGGGAGUACGUGGUGACGACUAUGACGAAGGCCGUGCUUCGGCACACCGGGAAGGUGCUGUGGACGCCGCCGGCGAUUUUUAAGUCGUCGUGCGAAAUCGACGUCCGCUACUUCCCCUUCGAUCAACAAACGUGCUUUAUGAAGUUCGGCUCCUGGACGUACGACGGAAAUCAGAUCGAUCUAAAACACAUCAAUCAGAAGGCUGGCGAAGACAAAGUAGAAGUAGGAAUCGAUUUACGUGAAUAUUAUCCCAGCGUGGAAUGGGACAUUCUGGGUGUGCCAGCAGAACGUCACGAAAAGUACUACCCCUGCUGUGCAGAACCCUACCCCGAUAUCUUCUUCAAUAUCACACUCCGCCGCAAAACCCUUUUCUACACCGUCAACCUAAUCGUCCCUUGCGUCGGAAUCUCCUAUCUUUCAGUCCUCGUUUUCUACCUCCCGGCCGACUCCGGGGAGAAAAUCGCCCUCUGUAUUAAUAUCCUCCUCUCCCAAACCAUGUUCUUCCUCCUCAUUUCCGAAAUCAUCCCAUCCACCUCCCUCGCCUUACCCCUCCUUGGCAAAUACAUCCUCUUCACCAUGGUCCUCGUCGCCCUCUCCGUCGUCAUCACCAUCAUCAUCCUCAACGUGCACUACCGCAAACCCAGCACCCACAAAAUGGCGCCUUGGGUUCGCAGCUUCUUCAUCAAGAGCGUCCCGAAGCUGCUCUUGAUGCGGGUCCCCAAAGACCUGUUGACCGAACUCGCCGCCAAUAAAAUCUCCUGUCGGAUGGCUUUGAAAAAGCAGCGCGAACUCGAGUCGAUGCCAUCCACAGGAUCGUCUUCCUCUAGCUCUUCGAGUUCGUCUAGGAACAGAGCUAGCGGCUGCAACGGGCUGCACUCCAGCUCCACGACGAAUCGACUGCGCGGCUUCACGGGGACGCUGGGGAGCAGAUUGGGGUACAACGGGCUGCCGUCGGUGUUUUCCGGGCUGGAUGAGAGCGACUCCGGGACCCGGAAGAAGUAUCCCUUCGAGCUGGAGAAGGCCAUUCACAACGUGAUGUUCAUCCAGCACCAUAUACAAAGACAAGAUCAGUUCAAUGCGGAGGAUCAGGAUUGGGGGUUUGUAGCAAUGGUUCUAGACCGGCUGUUUCUUUGGAUUUUUAUUAUAGCGUCGAUUGCUGGGACGUUUGCGAUUUUGUGCGAAGCUCCGGCUCUGUACGACGACACUAAACCGAUCGAUACGGAACUGUCUUCAGUAGCCCAACAGCAAUUUCUACCUGAGUUAGAUUUCUAACUAAGAUUCAAUCGUUUGGUCAAUAUCGCGUAUCA